GGAGGCGACUGUCUGGCGUGGCGCGCGUGCCGCCGGAGCCGCGCGGGGAAGGAGAAAGGCCGGUCCUGGAGGGCAGCGUUCCUGCGCCGGACGCGGGGCUGAAGAUUCUGAGGAUGGCCAAAGACUUCCGCUACUACUUCCAGCAUCCGUGGUCCCGCUUGAUAGUGGCCUACCUGGUGAUCUUCUGUAACUUCUUGAUAUUUGCCGAGGAUCCAGUCUCUCACAGCCAAACAGAAGCAAAUGUCAAUGUCGUGGGGAACUGCUUUUCUUUUGUAGCAAACAAAUACCCCGAGGGAGGAGGCUGGAGGUUUUUAAAAGUGUUCCUGUGGCUGCUUGCCAUCCUUACCGGACUGAUAGCCGGCAAGUUCUUCUUCCAUCGACGCUUGUUUGGCCAAUUACUUCGAUUGAAAAUGUUCCGAGAGGACCACGGGUCUUGGAUGACAAUGUUCUUCAGCACAAUCCUCUUCCUCUUUAUUUUUUCUCACAUAUACAAUGUGUGUCUCCUUAUGGCGGGUUACAUGAGGGCGUACGUGGUAACAGACUUCAUGGGAAUCAGGAACGAAAGUUUUAUGAAGGUGGCAGCCGUGGGGACCUGGAUGGGAGACUUUGUCACAGCUUGGAUGGUCACAGAUAUGAUGCUUCAGGACAAGCCUUAUCCAGACUGGGGAAAGUCUGCCAGAGCUUUCUGGAAGAGGGGCAACACCAGGAUCAUUUUAUUCUGGACGGUUCUGUUUACUUUGACCUCAGUGGUUGUGCUCAUCAUCACAACUGACUGGAUCAGCUGGGACAAGCUGAACCGUGGAUUCCUGCCAAGCGACGAGGUUUCGCGGGCCUUCUUGGCUUCCUUCAUCUUAGUGUUUGACCUUCUGAUUGUCAUGCAGGACUGGGAGUUUCCACAUUUUAUGGGUGAUGUUGAUGUCAAUCUACCUGGGUUGCCUGCUGCGCACUUUCAGUUUAGAUUACCUUAUUGCAAGAAGUUUUUAAAGGAGGAGUAUCAUAUACAUAUAACAGGCAAGUGGUUUAACUAUGGAAUCAUAUUCCUUGUUUUGAUCUUGGAUCUGAACAUGUGGAAGAAUCAAAUAUUUUACAAGCCCCAUGAAUAUGGUCAAUAUAUUGGUCCUGGGCAGAAGAUUUACACAGUAGAAGACUCAGAAAGCUUGAAGGACCUCAACAGAACCAAACUGUCUUGGGAAUGGAGGUCAAACAACACUAACCCUUUGACCAACAGGACCUACGCCGAAGGCGACAUGUUUCUGCAUAGCCGGUACAUUGGUGCAAGCCUAGAUGUCAAAUGUCUGGCCUUCAUUCCAUGUCUACUGGCUUUCGCACUGUUUGGCUUCUUCAUCUGGUUCUUUGGACGAUUUCAGAAAACCGACCAAGGCAUGGAAAAUCUUGACAAAUCGUACACACGCAUGAAAAGGAAAUCGCCAUCCGAUGUGGCGAUGACGCGAGAGAACACCCAGGUUUUAGCAGAGGAGCCCUUAAGCUGUGAAGAUCCACAUUUUUUAUCCAUCAAGUCAGACUUGAGCGAGAUCGUCUUUAAUUCUUCCCUCCUGACGUCAGAAAACCUUAGCGCACAUUUAAAUGAACAGCCAAGCCCCCUGCAACCAAUAAGAGAUCCUCCCAUACCUAAGAAUAACUCUUUAACCUAAUAACAUCUCUUUGGGAAAGAGCGAAACAAGCAAUUGUGGUCAGAUUUCAUUGUUAACUUUUUUGUAAGUGACAGUUUAC